AUGUCGUUCUCCGACACGCAUCCACAUCCAAGUUCUGCUACCGAACAUCAUGCGCAUGCGCAUCCAGACCCGGAUCAACGCCGGACCUCCACGGACUCUGAUGUGAUCCACCACCUUUAUUUUGAGGAUAACGAUGGCUUCUUUCCACCAAGUUGGAUCGGAAAAGUCUCACAACACAGACCCUCGACAGAAAACUCAGGUGGCAACAACUUCGAGGGCACUAAAGACACUAGCACUAGUGCCUACAAGGAAAGAACAUGA